CGGGGCGACAUUUCACUCUGCAUCAUUCACCUUUGAAGCACAAAACCCUUGAGUGAUCGCCGUGGCAAAUGCGACCGCAACUAAAAAGACCUUCAAAUGGAUGAAACUAAAUAACCAUUGCAUUUCUUAAUAUUCCUCCGCAAAGACCCAGUAGAAGAUUGACAGAGAUGGACUCACCAGCCUCACUAAUGGACGUCCCGCUGGGAAUCAGGACGGUUCAGUGGAUUUCUCGGAAGUGCUGCCCUUCCGUCAGAAUCAACAAGCCCAUCUGCUAUCGCUUCCUGGUCCUGAUCCUGACCUAUCUUGCUUACACGUCUUACCACUUGUCGAGAAAACCCAUCAGCGUAGUCAAAGCAGUUCUCAAUCAAAACUGCAGCAGUUUAGAACCACCUCCUGGUGUAUUUGUAAACUCGACCAACAAAAACAACUGGUGUGAUUGGGCACCUUUUGACGGCCAAAAUGCCUCUGCACUUCUCGGAACUUUGGACUCUGCCUUUUUAUUUGCCUAUGCUGCAGCUAUGUUUGUUAGUGGCUUUGUAGCAGAAAGAGUGAACCUAAGAUAUUUCCUUUCGCUUGGGAUGAUAUUUUCGGGCAUAUUUUGCUAUAUGUUUGGAAUCGCCUAUUCAUACAAUAUUCACAGUAUUUCAUAUUUGAUCACUGUUCAGGUCUUGGGCGGCAUUGCUCAAACUACAGGUUGGCCUGGUGUGGUCACUGUGGUGGGAAACUGGUUUGGAGAAGGGAAAAGAGGUUUGAUUUUUGGCAUCUGGAACUCUCACACUUCAGUGGGCAACAUUCUUGGCUCUCUGGUGGCCGGCAGCUUUGUGGACUCGGACUGGGCCCUCUCCUUUUUUGUCCCGGCCUUAAUCAUGGCUGGCGUCGGUUUCAUCAUUUUCCUCUUUCUACCUGCUGAACCCAUCGAAGUUGGAUGUCCUCCCCCUGAGAGGCCAGGCAGCAGAGUCAACAGCCAGUACCGCCUCCUUUUACCCAAUUCCAUGCAUGCUGCUAGCAGCUCCCCCUCGGUGCAGCAGAGGAGCUACAGGAGGAUCGUCAACCCUUCCAACGUCAGCUCUGAAGAGGUGACUUCUGACAGUGAAGCUGAAACGCAACCUGAGGCUGAUGAGUCAAAUUUAAAAGACGACAAUGCGCUAAUUUUUGAGCCCAAAGCCAUCACCUUUUUCCAAGCGCUCAGUAUUCCAGGAGUAAUUGAGUUCAGCUUGAGUUUGUUCUUUGCAAAACUCGUCAGUUACACAUUCCUUUACUGGCUGCCCCUUUACAUACAUAACGCCUCCGGGGCUGGAGCAGAAAUGAGCGCAGAUAUUUCUGCAAUAUUUGACAUUGGUGGAAUAUUUGGCGGAAUUGCGGCAGGUGCCAUAAGUGACUCAUCGGGAAUGAGUGCCACAACGUGUGCUGUGAUGCUGAUCCUUGCAGUGCCGUCCCUUUUUGCCUACGAAAUUUGGGGUAAUCUUGGCUUGAGGAUUUCUGUUCCUCUCCUGAUUGUGACCGGCGCCCUCGUCAAUGGCCCUUACUCCCUUAUCACCACUGCCGUUUCGGCCCAGUUGGGAACACAUCCCUCUCUGGAGGGGAGCAGCAAGGCUCUGGCCACAGUCACUGCCAUUAUUGACGGAACUGGUUCAAUUGGAGCAGCUGUGGGUCCACUUCUGGCUGGUGUGAUUUCUUCGACUGGUUGGAAAAAUGUAUUCUAUAUGCUCAUGAUCUCGGACGUUCUGGCUCUUGUGUUGUUGGGACGCUUGGUGCUCAUGGAGAUGCGCAAUUGGCUUAGAACAAGGGCUGCCUUGCAGAGACCUCACUCAGGAGGAGACUGGAGCUCCUGACAAGAACUGACAUAGACCAGAUUUUUAAUAUUUAAGAAAUUUCAACGCAAAAGUGGCUUUUAAUUGCCUUUCUACUAAUAUGAUUGUGAAAACUGGGAAAGCUUAUAUGAAAUGUUUUCUGUCAGAAUUUUAGGUUGUUUUAUCUUUUGUCACUCUAGCUGUGGAAUAUUUGUCUCUGCUUAUGACUCUGCCGUAAAUAAUAUAAUAUAUUGUGACGGUCAAUGUAGAGCCUAUUUUAUUAUUUUUACUUACAAGAAGGCUUGAUGUGUAAUUUUGAUAUUUGCAAAUUUAUCUUUAAAUAAUGAUACAAUAAUUAAGAGAACUUCUAGUUUACCAAUAAUAUGAGAUAAUUUAUAUGAAUAAUCUUCAAUUACGCUCAAUGUAUAUUAAACGAUUUCUUGUUAAAUAAAAUUUUUAUUGCCUGAAAAAAGUAAUUUUAUAUUUUUAA